CCUGCGCAUUAAUUAGAACCUUCCCUUCCACAAAACUUAAGUGAACAUAUUUGGGGAAAUUUUGGUGCUUUUCUCAAGCUAUCAGCGGUCAAAAGGUAAACAGAAUGGCCAUUGAGAUGACAAACAUUUUCUGGACCUGAAGAUUCUCAGCUUCUCUAACACUACGAAUCUUAACAGUUCUCAACCUUUCUCAACCUGAAGUUCAGUUCUCAAAUCUUCACGACACAAGAUGGCGGAUCGGCUUUGUGAGUUUUGCAUUGGUUGUUGUUCGACGAUUUGCGCCGUAUUUUGCCGAGAAAUUACAAUGAAGACGGCCUACACUAUCCAAUUUGUCAUAUACAGCAUUUUACAAGGAUACAACGUCGCUUCAGACAUUGGAAUGUUUUUUGACGUUUUCAACGCGGUAAGAAAAUGCAAUGAAUUAGAAGAGAACUCAAAUGCGAAUGGAACUCAAGUCGAUCCGGGAAGGACAAACGUCUAUUGUAGAGCACCAGGAAACUUUACAGUGUCAGAUCUCGACAAGCACAUCCUAACCUUGGAAAUUCUUCAAUGGUUUUUCUUAAUUUUUGCUGGGAUUGGUGUGGCGCUCUACAUCGCCCACGUAUGCACUCUACUUCCAAAUUUAUGCAAGCACUGCCGAGAACCAGAAUUUGAACACGACCUUGGCUCACCAGAUACACCAAAAUACUAUCGAAGUAUUGUACACAUUCAUACCAUGUUUAUGUGCAUAGAGACUUUUAUUCAUGACAUUCCCGUAUCCUGUCUGGCAGUGGAGUUGAGCGUGCAUUAUUUUGGGUCAGCAAACUGCUGGGAAUGCGCAAUAAGUGCCAGCUCGGUUCCAGCCGAGCUUUCUUUGAAAAGAGGCAGUCUGUGGAUUGGGCUAAAAGUGUCAGCGGUUGCAUUAAUCACAAUCUAUAAAGGUAUCCUUCCGCUGUAUUUUUGGAUUGGAAACCCAUUCUGCUGGAGCUGUUAUCCUCUGAGGUUCCUGAUCGCUGCACCAGCCGGGCUUGGUUUCAUGGUAAUGGUCCUGGCUCCAUGUAUGGGCAUUGCGAAGCUCCGAGUCAUGGUAGAAGUCCCAGAUUUGGCGGGAACUGUUGGCGCACCUUCCGACAUCAUCUUCAUGAUUGGACUGGUUUUCUGGGUCAUAUUAAUCGUCGGCUUCCUGGCCUACAAGAUAUUCUACAGUUUUAUCAUGGAGUUGUGUCCUUGCCUUGCUUGGUGUGAGGACGACGAUAAGAAAAAGAAAGACGCCAAAGAGGAGAAGACAACUGGAUGCUUAUGUUUCUAGUAAUGUAACUUUAUAAAUCAGAACCGGACUGUCUUGGAAAAGAAGAUUUUCUUUAUUUCCGGAUUAAAUUCCUUGCUUUAUUUAGUCUAUUGUCAUAAGUAGUAUAUGCAAGAUCAUCAUAUGCAUAUGCGCAUCCAGAAAUUGACAUAGAAAUUUUUUGAUACGAAUCAGGUGUUCCUCAAAGUUGUUCCUCAAGCUUAGGCCUAACCAGGAGUUUUGAGAAUUUGGGUAUCAGGGGUCUGCAUGUUAUACUCAGGUAUACGAUAUUUUGUCAAGACAAUGCAUUCUUGAAUUCUUUGUCUUUGGUAAAUGACACAAAUCAACAACCCGAGGCAAUUUUAACUUCUUAUAGUUUUAAAAGUUUUAUUUUUUUAAAAUUUGUGUGUGCCUUGCAGUUCCGAGGUAAUAAUUACAAGUACUCCAUAAAAAUACAAUCAAGGGAAAACUGGCUUGUUAAAAGUAGCGCAGAAAUAAGGAAAAACUCUGUUAGCUCUUGUUUAAAAUACCUUAAAGCCUGAAUUUGUAAAAAUAAUGGAGUUCAUACUUUGGCUUUUUGUAGAAAGAUUUAGCAUGAAAUUGACGAGCAGACGCUUUGGAGAGAAGUAAAAUUCACAACCAAAUUA